UUUGUCAGCUGACCUAUUAAAAAAUUUUCUUUCACUAAAACGAAAUUGAAAAAAAAUUAUUCCAUCUUUUUGUGAAAAGAAAAUUUUAAUAAAAAAGCAUUACUCCUUUGCAAAAUGUCCGGAAAAGAUAGGCUUGCAAUUUUUCCAUCUCGUGGAGCUCAAAUGUUGAUGAAAUCACGUUUGGCUGGUGCACAAAAAGGCCAUGGACUGCUUAAAAAGAAAGCCGAUGCUCUCCAAAUGCGUUUCCGUAUGAUUUUGGGAAAAAUCAUUGAAACCAAGACUCUCAUGGGUGAAGUUAUGAAAGAAGCUGCAUUUUCUCUAGCCGAAGCCAAAUUCACCACUGGUGACUUUAAUCAAGUCGUCCUCCAAAAUGUCACCAAGGCACAAAUCAAGAUCCGCACAAAGAAGGACAAUGUUGCCGGUGUUACGUUGCCCGUAUUCGAAUCCUAUACGGAUGGUGUUGAUACCUAUGAAUUGGCUGGUUUGGCUCGUGGUGGUCAGCAAUUGGCAAGACUAAAGAAGAACUACCAGAGCGCCGUCAAAUUGCUUGUAGAGCUGGCUUCUCUACAAACAUCUUUUGUAACCUUGGAUGAGGUUAUCAAAAUUACCAACAGAAGAGUCAAUGCUAUUGAACACGUCAUUAUUCCUCGUAUUGAACGUACUUUGGCUUAUAUUAUCUCCGAACUGGACGAGUUGGAGCGUGAAGAGUUCUACCGUUUGAAGAAGAUCCAGGACAAGAAGAGGAUUUCACGUAAAAAGGCGGAUGAGAGGAAAGCCGCUCUUCUGGAAGCUGGCGUCGAUGUUCAUCACCAAGCCAAUAUACUCGACGAGGGUGACGAUGAUGUCUUGUUCUAGGAAUAUCAAAUAGUUUUCGUCUUUCUCGUUGUCACAUCGUCCCUUUUGCUGUGUAAACAAAAACAAUAUAAAAAUUAUAAUAAAAAAAAAAAAACAAUAACAAAAAA